AUGCUCCUCGUGGACGAAAGGGCCCGCGACAGCGACCUGAAUAAGGCUGUAAGAAGGCUGCGCAUGCAGGGCCAGCAUGAGGUUCUGAUUCAUGAGCUGAAGAAAGACGGCGAUGCAGAGAAACAUGUCCGCGCAGCCUUUGACGGAGCUGCCAUGAGUCCUGCUGAGAAGACCAUACAUGUCUUUGUGGCCUGCGGCGGUGAUGCCACCGUCAAUGCAGUUGCUGGCGCGCUCAUAGGAUGCGCAGCGCCGAAGAAUUGCUGCAUGGCGGUUGUGCCUCGUGGCCCGGGCCCCCAUGACUUUGCCACCUUCCUGAAUCUGCCUCUCAAUGCCACUGAAGCGCUGGACAUCGCCGCAAAUGGCGACAGCGAACCCAUUGACAUCGGGCUCCUCAACAAAAGCCAGGUCUUUCUCAACAUGGUUGUGGCUGGUUUCGCUGCCGAGCUGGAUCCCAACGACGAGGCAGCAGCAGCGCCGGAAGCAUACUACCCUGCGCUCGCAACAAUCAUCAGCCCAUCAAAGGACACAGUCACAGCAGAGGGGUGCCGAGAUGACAGGCAGACCACUGAAAUAAACGGCGCCCUGGCAUUGCUUGCCGUUGGCAACGGCGCUCACUUCUCAGGCGCGAACUUGGACGAUGGUCUUUUGGAGGUCCUGUAUGCCAUGGACCUAUCCAAUGAGCAGGCAGAGCUGCUGGCGCAGGGCUUGGCGACAGGCAGCAACUCAACGAACCUGCAGCAGGACAUGCACAGCAUGCACGUCCCCUGGCUGGAAGUGCAUGCCCCGGGCGGCCUGCAGCUGCGAGUGGAUGGGCAGGUGCUGUUUGAGGAGGAUGUGCGGUUUGAGGUGCUGCAGCGGCGCCUGCGGCUGGCGAUGCCCAGCGGCGCCAACCAGGCGCGGCCCAGCCGCAGAGACCUCAUCCAGCAGGCCAGGAUGACGAGGCACGCGCGCAGCAUCUCUGACAGCAGCCGUGGCUCGGGGAAGAACGCCUAA